AUAACCUCGGCCAAACGGCUCUUAACUCAGUCCAUAGCCCCUUGUUAAUUCAGGUGAGAGGCUUGGUUUCACUCGGUCGGUUGCAAUACGCAAAAGAAAGAUGGACUCGCCGGGGCAGAACACUUCUCUCCAACGACUCCAGAAUGUUGAAAAGAGAAUAGUUCGGGUACUGGAGCUAGCAGGAGGAGUGAUGGAUGAAUUAGCCAACCCCAGUGGCUCCAGGAAGGAUUUGGUCAGUGCCCAUUGCGCCGAGUUCAUGAAACUCAUCAAGGACAUCCAAAUGACACUGAGGGAAGAAAUUAAGAGUGCAUGUGAUUAUCGUCCAUUCGAAAAGUGUGACUACAUAGCGAGAGUUUCUAACGAGAUAUGCUGCAAAAAACUAGAAUAUGUUGCUGCUCAGUUGGAUGGUAUGAAACAAACAAUUGAUGAAUAUCAUAAUGCAAUAUGAAGUUUCCCACAUGCCAAUUUUGGCAGUUUGUUGAAUUUUCAUAUUGUGAAGCUGAUUCGAAUUGUUAGAACGAUGAUUUACAUUCAUAUGUUCAAGGAUUUGCUAAAGUUUAACUAUUGGAAAUCCCAAUAUAUUACAUAGUCACCAUAUCA